AUGCCCCCAGUCAAGCACCGCAAGAUUGUGAUGCUCGGAUACCCCUCAGUCGGGAAAUCCUCACUGGCUCUUCAGUUUGUUAAAGGAGAUUUUCCUAAGGAUUAUGAGCCUACAAUUGAAAACACAUGGAGCAAAACUUUUGUUAUAGGAUCUGAUGAGUUUGAGUUGGAUGUAGUAGACACAGCCGGACAGGAUGAAUAUUCUCUAUUGCCACAGUCUUUCGUGUUCGGUAUCCAUGGAUACAUUGUCGUUUACUCAGUAGCAUGCUCCAGAAGCUUCCAGAUUGCCCGUGGUUUACAUAGAGUUCUUGUGGACAGAAGAGGGAAGUGCCUUAUGCCCAUUGUCCUUGUUGGAAAUAAGAAUGAUCUGCCCUCUCAAAAUCGUCAAGUUAAAAUGGAAGAGGGCAAAAAGUUAGCAGAAUCAUGGGGAGCGGCCUUCAUGGAAGUCUCUGCUAAAGACACAGAGAAAAGUAAACAGAUCUUCACCAAAAUAAUAGAAGAGAUUGACAGAGUGGAGAGAUCCUUCUGUGAAGAGAAAACGUGCAUCGUCAUGUAA